AAGAGUGCAGAGUGAAUUGAAAGUUUUCAAGAGCUGCAAUAUAUUUUAUUUUGUGAAAAACAGUUUUAAAAUGAGAUUUCUAAUACUUGCGGCAUUUUUGAUUAGCUCAACGCUUGCCAUUAAAGUGCCAGCGACAUCAUAUUUUACAUAUCAUCAUGGUGGAUCAAUACCAAGUCAAAAUGCAGCAAUUGGCCCACAAUUUUCACAGCCAGUAAAUUAUUAUGGAUCAUUUUUAGAUUCGUCAUUAAAAGUUCCGACCCAAAUGUGUCCUCCGACACCACCUCCGUGCACAAAAUCUCGCUAUCGUUCACUUGAUGGAUCAUGCAAUAAUUUAUAUAAUCCAUCAUGGGGUGUUGCAAACAGCAGAUAUGGGAGAUUAUUGACGCCUCGUUAUGGUGAUGGAGUGUCAAGUCCUACAGCUUCAGUCACUGGACAUGAAUUGCCAAAUGCAAGACUGAUCUCAUUAACUGUUUUUGGUGAAAGUGAUGUCCCUGAUAGAGGUUUAACAAUUGCAAAUAUGCAAUGGGGUCAGAUAGUAACACAUGAUAUGUCACUGACAGCUGGUGGAACUCAGUCGAGAAAGCAUACAACAAGAUGUUGCACGGAUGAUGGAAAGUUGAUUCAAAGUGGUUUACAUUCGACUUGUUUCCCAAUUAUUGUACCUAAAAAUGAUCCAGCACAUUCACAAACUGGAACUGAAUGUAUGAAUUUCGUUCGUACGCUUACUGAUCGAGACAAUUUCUGUCCUGAUAAGACACAAAAAAGCUAUGCUGAACAGUUGUCUGUCGUGACUGCCUACAUGGAUCUAUCACAUGUUUAUGGAAAUUCUGAAGAGCAAAAUCGUCCGAUUCGUUCAUUUGUUAGUGGACGAUUGUUGGUUGAUAAUAAACAAGGUUUCGAAUACCCACCACAACAUCCAAAUGCCUCAACAACAUGUGAUCUCCAGACACCACAAGAGACUUGCUAUUUAGGUGGUGAUAUGCGUAUUAAUCAAAAUCCAGGCUUAACAAUCAUGCAAAUCAUUCUUCUUCGUGAGCACAAUCGUAUUGCUGACAAUUUACAGGCAUUGAAUCAACAUUGGGAUGAUGAGACCAUUUUCCAAGAAGCUCGUCGCAUCAACAUUGCUCAGUUCCAACAUGUUAAUUAUUAUGAAUGGCUUCCAAUCAUGCUCGGUCACGAAAACAUGCUAAAGAAUGAAUUGAUUUAUCAGACAAGUCAUGGAGACUAUGUUAAUGAUUACAAUCCAAAUAUUGAUCCAUCAGUGUUAAAUUCACAUGCUACUGCAGCUUUCCGUUAUUUCCACACACAAAUUGAAGGACAGUUAGAUUUCGUCGCUGAAGAACGAACAAUCUCCAACACAAUAAGAUUGAGUGAUUGGUUUAAUAGACCCGUUGUUGUUGAGUCGGGCGAUAAUUUUGAUUUUCUUAGUCGCGGAAUGACAACUCAACCGCAAGAAACGACCGACAUUAAUAAUGAUGUUGAAGUCAAACACUUCCUAUUUAGACGUGGCAGACCAUUCGGGUUGGACUUGAAGGCGUUUGAUAUUCAACGUAAUCGUGACCAUGGAUUGGCAUCUUAUAAUGAUUUUAGAGAGUUCUGUGGUGUUGGAAGGGCUCAUGGAUGGCAGGACUUCAUUGACUUUAUUUCACCUGCUAAUGUCGACAAAUUAAAGGCACUUUAUGAGAGUCACGAAGAUGUAGAAUUAACAGUGGGUGGUGCACUUGAAAGACACGUCGAUGGCGCGCUUGCAGGUCCAACAUUUUUAUGCAUUCUAACGGAACAAUUUUAUAGAACACGUGUCGCUGAUCGUUUCUUCUAUGAGCGUGGCGAUUCCAAUACUGCAUUUACAUCAGAACAAUUAAAUGAAAUUCGUAAGACAAGCAUGGCACGUUUAUUCUGUGAUAAUGGAAAUAAUAUACAACAAAUGCAGCCAGCAGCUUUCCGAAGAGUUUCACCCAACAACCAAAUCACAUCGUGCUCAAAUAUUCCAUAUGUUGAUUUAUCUCUGUGGCGAGAUCAUUCGGUUCCAGCAUUUAAGAGUGACUACACAAUUUAUAAUGCACCAUUGUUAGUCAAGAAUUAAAAUCGAGAUUAUGACCCAUUUGUUAUUAUUCUUUUUGUAGCUUUAAGCUUCAUUUUUUCCUGUAUUUAAAUUAAUUUGAAUUAUUUUUUUUGUGUAAUUAAUUUAUGAAAUCUGAUUUUUUUGAAAGAACUA